UCCAGAACCGUAAUCUUCAAACCCCACUUCGUAAGUCUCAUCAAAAUGCAUUCUUUUUCUUCUGCCUUUUCACUUUUCUUCUCUGGGUCAUCUUGGAAUUCCCUGUUUCUGUUCAAAUUUGCUAGAUCGUGAAUUUGGGUAGUGUUGUUAAAGUUCUGUUUUUUCUUUUUCCUCUUCCUUAUUUUUAUUAAAAACUUAUUUUGAUGUACUGCUUUGAUCAAUUUUUUCCCAUGAAGCUUUGUUUUGUGUUGGAUCUCGUUCAUGAUGAAGUAGCCACCCAAAUGCUUGUUGUUUAAUUUCUCUAUUUGCAAUCUGGAAAUUUUUGCAUCAAAUUACAUGCUACUUGCUACUUGCAAUUUUCACUUGUUUUAUGGUAUAUUAGUUUAAUUUUUCUUCUGAUUCAGAAUCAUGGGGCUGCUGGCUUUGACCCAUUUUUUCUGAGUAUCUAUCUAUGUAUGUGUUAUAUAUAUAUAUAUAUAUAUCUCAAAAUUCUGUGUUUGUUGAAAACUGUUGUGUCAUUCACUUUCAUAUGUUUUUUUUUUUUUUUUAACUUUUGCUAUGAAUAUCUUUUGAAACCAAAUAUUAUAAUAGCUUUAUGGUUGACGUAUUGAAGCUUACUAUGUUUGUUCUUUCAAUUUAUGAUUUAUUGUUCGCCAGAUUUGGUUGAAGUAAUUAAUGCUCUAAUCGUUCUUUUAUGUGUUUGCAGGCCAGAAAUCGAAAAGACACCAACAUAUUUUUCAUACAUGUUUCUGCCCCUCUGACUAAUCAAGUUAACAUACCACCCCUACCUUUUGGUUCCCAAUUACCUUGUUUGUAGAUUCUGCUUAGUUCAAAGGAAAUUGCAAUCUACUUAGCUUAGUUUUGAGCUUCAACAGUUGCAACACAGUUUAUAUCUGUUACGUUAUAUCCCUAAAGUACUCUCAGCAUUGAUCAAAAUGGGCCUCUCAAGUCUCCCAGCACCAUCUGAAGGAGUAUUAUGUGUACUUCUUGUGAACACUGUAUUGUCAAUUUCCAUAUUUAAAGGCAUUGUUAGGACAAUCUUACACAUUGUUGGUAUCCAUCUUUCAUCAUCCUCCACUUCACCAGAUGCCUCUCAAACCCCGCCCGAGUCAUUCGAAUUCCAUCUUAGUCCCUCUGAGAGUUACAUUGAAGAGUUCAGAAGCAGGACACCAACACUAAGGUUUGACACAGUGUAUAGCUGUAAACGACCUGAACAUGACUGCUCUGUAUGUCUUACUCAGUUUGAACCAGAAUCGGAGAUAAACCGAUUGUCUUGUGGCCAUCUCUUCCAUACAGUAUGCUUGGAGAAGUGGCUGGACUAUUGGAACAUUACAUGCCCUCUUUGCAGGACUCCCUUAAUGCCUGAAGAUGAUACACCUUGCUUUUAGUAAGCCAAAUGAGUGAGCAUGCUAAUAAGAGAGUUUAAUGUACAGUGUAGUGUACAUAUUCUUGAGAGUUUUGAUGUUUAUGCAUCGUAGUUCUUCAACCUUUUCAAGUUUUAACCCUUUGCCUUUUGUGAUCCAUAGUUUGUGGAGGGUUUUGUUUUCCUUUUUAUGUUGUGCGCUUUAGCACAAAUGAGGGGUAUACUUUUUGCUUGCAUAUUAUGUUUGUUCAUAAUGCCCACCUUGUUCAGACUUUAGAGCCUUAAUUAUAUAUUGGGCAGUAUUUGAUCCCAAUUUGGAAGCAUGGAUUGUGGAAUCCAUUUGUUUUGCCCUUUAAGCUCUCAUCACCGUGUACAUAUGUAGUCUG